CGCAGGAUCGCGUCGCACAAAUUAUGCCCACCGCCCGCAUUGUUGUGCAAUGCGCCAUACCCUCGCUCUCCCUCUAUGAAUGUUGUUGACUGAGGCGCGUGUGUGAAAGCCCUACGUGACAACAAUAGACAGCUGUGCCCGCAGCUUGCCUGUACGGCGCUCGUCAAGCCAUGCCUCGCGCUCCCCUUCGUCGCAAUCAGCUCAACCGAAAUGGCCCGAUUCCACGCGGCGCAAAAAAAAACAACAGUAGCCCGGCUAAACUGGAAUUAGAGAAGAAGCUGGCGCAUAAACCAAUCGGCCCUCGACCGAACGAUAGCGAUGACAGCGAUAGGCUCGUUGUCAAAGGCAAUGGGAGGAGAGGCAGAAAUGUUCCAAGGCAGGAGAUUUACGCUUCUGGUGCAGUGGCUGCUGGUGACAAGCCGGGGAACUACCCUACCAGAGCCCAAAGGAGGAAAAACAUGUCCCAAGCGACGAGGGAGAUUGUUGCGACCGAUCACCAGGAGACGCGAAAAGAUGCGGGCUCCAGCCAGGUCAACAAGCAGCUACACCAGCCCAAGCCUAGGUCUCCCACCACGAAUGGAAUCUUGAAAAAUGCGACGCACACGAACAAGGUACCUGCCACAACUAUAUCACCGGCUAUGAAAGCUCCGGCUUCUGUUCAGCGUGCCACACAGCCGACUUCGGCAAGGGAAGAUUCCAUUCUCGGUACCUUGAAGCCCAGACGACGGCAGCCUAGCAUUCUGCAAAACCUGGAUCAGGAUUCGUCGAGUUUUGACCUAGGCGAGGAAGAAGAUUUUCUACCCGAUGACGAGUCUACACCGUUCGGCGUCUCUAAACUAUCGGACAAAAUUACAACCCCUGUUCCAGCUUCACCUAUGCUCUUGUCAUCAUCACGGAAACGCAAAUAUGGCUCCUCCAAUCCUCUUAAGUCAGCUGAGAUGGAAUCCGUGCAAAAGCCAGCGACGUCACCCUUAAAGAUCAUGCAUACAUCGGAAACUACCCCGGAGUCCUUGCUUCCAGCUGUACCGCUGUCCAGUUUGCGUGAGUCAGGGCGAAGGCACCGCGAGAAUGUUCGUGACGAAGAUGAUAUCAUGGCCCUCCCACAGAGCAGUUCCUCUCCUGCACCAUCCCCUGUAAAGAGGACAACUUCAUCAUCCACAAAACCAACAAAGCAUCCUACGAAGCUAGCUCCAGUCAUGACCACGAAGGAGCUCCAAACUCACAUGAUGCCCACCAAGAGGCGAAGGACCGAUCGGGAGCGAAAACAAACCCGUGAAAACUUCGACAUUCCAGCCGAUCUCGAUCUUUCAGAAUCCGAAGCCUCCGAGCAAGACGUGUCGAAUUUCCUUCCCUCGAAGAAGGCAAAGAAAUCACGACGGAAAGGACCUUUGACCAAGGCAGGCCACACGCGGACCAAGGUUAAAUCGGGGAAAGCUGAAAGGCGGGACACUGUUGCUGCGUCAUCAAAAUCAAGGCCAAAAUCAAGUACGAACCACCUCAUCACUACUACUUCGCCUAUAUUGAGGCCAUCUACUUCGAACCGCGAAGCUAAGUCUCCGUCACAGCAUUCUACAAACUUGUCAUCGAAUAUCAACGCAGAAUCCCAGGCAGGACCGCCGAAGCAGUAUGGUGGCUCCCUCCACGGAAACCGAGAUACGGCUCAUUGGCAAGACAAGGAAAACUACUUUAAUCAAGACGGAAAACCUAGCCAUCCGGGUCACGAUCGAGUCGAGGACACGAGUAGCCUAAGUGAGACGCGAGAACAAUUCGCUGAAGGAGAUAGCAGAGUACAGAGCAAGCUAAUACCCACAGGGAAAAGCAAGUGGGCAGAAAUAGAUGCUUGGGAUAUGGAUUUUGAAGACGUUGAAGUUGUGACUGGGUCGGGUGGUAGCUCACCAACGCGUAGGUGACAAGCAAGGCUGCAUUACUUUCACUUCACACGACUUCAGGAUAGCAAUGUCCCACGAUCAUGGUACGAUCAAUGAGCAAAUGAAUGGGUCAUCUGUGCGAGUCUUCUCCAAUUCUAUGAGCACAAUCUCCACCGAGCUCUUGGUUGAAUGCCAACCAAGCUGUUGAAGCACGAGACCGCAACGCCGGGGAUCCGGCGUAAUAGCAACAGCUAAAUGCCAGCGUUAGCAUUCACCCAAUCUUUUGGUGUAUCAAGGAGAUGAUGCAUCAAUCACGCGAAUCGUCCUCGUCCAGAAAAUAGAUACACAAUUCUAUAAUUGUCACUUCA